GCCUGCAUCGGGUAAAGGCCCUUUUUUUUUCAAAUCGGUAUGUACAACAUGCUGCGGUAGGCAUGGCGAGUGUCCUAGUUCAGACAGUGUUCAGUGUUGUGGCCUAUGAGCGACAGGGAGGAAACUACAGAGGACGACCGGAUCCUGCGAUCAGCAAGAUGCUCGAUAACCCACUUGGCAUUAGGACCAGAGGGCGACAGAUACCUGUUCCGCCAGCAGAGGGAGAGACAGCAGCAGCAGCGGAGGGCUAGGGCUGCAGAGGCAAGCAGGGCAUUCGUAAGCGAGGCCGCUACUUCAGCAGCCAUGGCAUCUGCUGCGCAGCAGAGCUCUCAGGCUAGUGGGUCAAGUUUUGUAGGGUCAACGGUCGCACAGACCCUGAGUCAGUCCACUGGCGUCAUGGCAAGCCAGCCAAAAGUGUUGACUCCCGAGGAGGUCGCCAUACAGCGAGCAGCUAUUCGCGAGGCACAGCUACAGCAGACGUUAGGAGAGAUUAAGGCAGAGAAAGAGAAUAUGAUUAGAAGAAGAGUCAGGAUGCAGCGGAGACAGGCGGACGUUAGUGAGUUAGAGGAGAUGGACCUGACAAACAUGGAUGACGAUGUGAGGACCCUACAGUCCGUCCUGCUAGAUGUAGUAGAAAUGCAGGACCACUUGACAACUCUCCUUCAGGACAUUCAGCAGAGUCUGGCCGUGUUGGUCGGACGAGCGCAGGCAGCUCCAUCGCCGUUUAGGCCUGGUGCCUGGCCCGUUGUACAGCCUCCUCCUUUUGUCCGACCGGUGACUGGGGUAUCCCCAUAUGUCACUCCAGCAUCGGUCCAAGCCGCUUCCCUAGGCAUGCCGUUGACAGAAGGGUUCUCAGAAGGUCCUAGUGUACCGGUUCCUGUACAGACAGUGUACUCCCAAACUCCGUCGCAGGUUGUCGUAACACGGCAGCCUGCUGUCUCGCAGCCUGCACAGCCGCAGGAGGGGAGUGCAGCAAGAUGGUUGAGUGGUUUAGUGCAGUUACAGGGAUACGGUCAUGACUUCCUCGCUUGGGCAGUCAACCAAAAACUGUAUGACUUCCUCAAGCUGGUGGAAGAUAGGUGGCAUGAUCCUCAGGAGGCUCAAAAAGCCACUGACGCGAUCCUGACUCUGAACCAUAGACAGUUCAAGUCAGUAAGAGAGGCCACAUACGCAGAAGAGCGUCUGAUCUGUGUCCAUGAAGUGCGCUAUGACCCCCAGGUUUUACUCACCUCCUACCUGAGAUGUUUUCCUAUGCCUCUCAGGAAUCAAUUGGCAGGAAAGGCCAACAUCAACAUGCACAACUUCCCCUCGUUCAGCAAGAAGGCCCUAGACCUAGAAGCAAAGAUAGGGCAUGGUCAAACACCCACAACUGAUGGAAGGAAGAAGUCACUGCCUCCCAACUGGAAGGCGAAGGGUCGCAUUAUGUUCGUUGACAACGAUGGUUCUACCAUCGAGUUGGAAGACGACUUCCAGGCGGGAGUAGGUUCAGAGGCAGGCAGCGUAGAGGCUUCAGGGGGUGGAGUCGUCGCUGCCUCAGUAAAGAAAGGUAAGGUGACCGGUAGACGCGGUGGAGGUUCUCGGUCUAGGAGUCAAGUUGACCCCAACGCUCCUCCAUGGGAGAAAGCGGGUUCAACAGAGGACGUGUGGAGAGACAGGUACACCCGGCAGGCUUGUAUCCGUUGUGGCCAAUAUGGCCAUAACCAGCUCAAGUGUCGUAAUAAAAAGGUGACUGAGAAGAUCCCGCCUAUGAUGGGGCAGGCGUUGGGAUCCUCCGCUCCCGUUGGUAGCAAUGUGGCCAGUAGUUCUGGCACUGCUCCAGGAAACACCCCGGGCCAGUAGGAAUAGUAGUUGUUCCUGGUAUGGUCGAGGUGGUGGACACACCCUCACCAUCUCGAAAGAUGGCCCAAGCUACUGAUUCU